GCUCCAGCCCCAAUACAGGGCAGCCUCAGUUCAUGGCGUCUCGGAAAUCAGUUGAUAAGAUAUGUGCAAACUUAGCCACCAAAACAACAAAGCCAAAGAAACAGAAAACAUCUAGAAAAAGGCCGGCUGUAGAUGAAGAAGAACUAAUAGAGGAAGAUUCUCAUGAAAAGCCAGACUCGGAUGAAGAUUUCGAAGAACCACAAUCAUCUGGAGAGACAACUUCUGAUAUUGAAUUAAGCGACAAUGACAUAGAAAUCGAGGAACUUCACAGUGUUCAACCGGGAACGUCGAAGGCGGUUGCUGCAGCGUUUGAAGUGGCUGCAAACCUGCCAAAACCUAAGAAAGUUAACAAGAAAAGCAGAGGUUUUUCGCCGUUGCUGGAUCUACUUGAUGUGGCUCCAGUAACAACCACCAAUUUCUGCACUAGUGGAGGAACACCUUACCUGUCAUAUAAUGAAGAGUCGUGGAAUCCAAUGUUUUUGUAUCGGUUGCCCUCUGAUAUUGUCUUGUCCACUAUUCGCGAACACGGCACUGAAGGGCUAGGGCGUGCUGAGAUUGGAAAGAAAAUUGGCAUGGAUACCUCAGCGAAAGCAGGGAAUCGACGAGUUUCAUCCUACAUCCUCACAGCUUGUAAUGAACAUCCCGAUCAUGUGGGGCAAUUCCAAAAAAUGGAAGGAAAAGUUCGAUGUAUCAAGUACUUCUGGAAAGCGGAAAGUGAACCUGAGCAGUUCAGAAAGUUGUUUAACGACUUUGAGAAAUUGUGUGGAGGGCCUUGCCCAUUCAAACUUGGCCAAGUAGUUAAAUUCCCGGACAGCAACCUGAGUACUCUACGAAUAUCUGAUGUGACGCUUCGACGUCUCACGGACCUGCUAGAUAUUGUUUCCACUAGAAAAGUUGUUGUUACCAUUCAUAAGGUGUUGAAAUUGAUCCAUGAACGGGAACAAGCUUACGGAUAUGACUUCUUGAUCGAUAAAAAGUCACUAAUAAAGUGCCUGAAAGCGCUGGAAAAUGUGCAUCUUAUUCGUGUUUUCGAAACAAGUGUUGUUGCUGAAAGUAUCGAGAACAGAAUCCAAAUCGUCUGUCAUCGUGAUAUUCGUUCCACCGAUGAUCCCGAGGUCACCCAGGCAAUCCAGACUACAGUAGAUGAGUACCAUCAAGAGGGGCGAGUGUUUCCUCAUGGGCAACUUAGACGUCCGGAUCUUGAAUUCACCAGUGAAUACGGUUACCAAACGAAGGCCAUACGAUGCUUUGUGAUCCAUGAGCUCGCAUACCAGUUGGUCUAUGGGUAUCCGGAAGGCACGAACCCAACAUGCUACGAUUUAUUUCCUCCUGGUGACAACUACAACACUUGGCCUGUACGCCUGGAGGAUGAUUUGAAGGUCUUUGUUGAUGAAGAGUCGCCUCUCCGAUUUCUUCCGCCACUUCCUAAAUUCUGUGGUACUGAAAGGUAUGAAGGGAACUUUGCUUACCAUAUGAGAAUAACUACGAAAGGGUGGUUUAUGGUUCAAGACUUUCUGUUUGCUCUGCCAUUGUCAGCAUUCGUUCUGGUUGUACAUGUGAACAAGAAAAUCGAUUCAUUCACUGAUACAUGGGCCGCUAAGGGAGCAAGUACGCUACGAGCAGGAGUUCUGUUCCUAGAGCUCAAGAUAUCAUUAACACAUACAUCGGCUAGUGCUAUUACUGAUAAGAAAAUAGUGCGUCAGCUGGAACACAUUAUGCUUACACUUUGUGCUUUGGGACUAAUGGCAAUUGCUCCGAAUCCGGAUAUCAAGCGUUUCGUAUCUCCUCGUGCGUCGGUGUUUUAUGUUAGUCGAAGUGGUGUGUUAUAUGAUACAAGCACAAGCGGUCGAGGUUACGCUUCAGUCACACUACCACUGUCAACAUAUGAUAAAUACAACUAUGAGUUCAAUAGUGUUGAUGACGUUGUGCUUUAUUGGCAUCAUCUGCGAGCAAUAGUACAGUCGACUCCACUGGCUUUCCGUAAUGACGUUAAUUCUGAGGAAAUUAGUCAAGCACGUCAUAAAAAGUACAGUAUGGGACAGUUUGACAAGUGUUUGGUUAUCAAAGAUCCGCAACAGAAAGUGAAUAAUCUCACACCACUAGGACCCAAUGAGGGUGUGGCUGGAUUUGAUUCCGCACUUUACAUACAUUUGAAGCGUCACUGGGACGUCGACCCCGGUCAGAAUUCGUGUGUAGGCUGGUUCAUCGCUAGAUUUCGGAAACAGUCCGACAAAGUUCGAAGUAUAGUUGAAGAUAGAGUAGCCAAUCUUAAAAAGGACUGGAAUAGUUAUGUAAAGAGUCUCAUGCCGAGUGAGCUAGAUUUGCUGAAAUCGAAAAAGCAGAAGAACGUACGACCUGAAGCUACGCAGACGAAGGACGGUUUCUUCCCUACAGCUCGCAACCCCGUGGCAAUUGAUCCAACAGCUAAGAAAAGGCCGAAUUUGAAAAAGCCCUCAACUUCAACGCUCAAAGUUUAUCCACAAAGUGGUAAAAAGAAACGUCCAAUGGAUAGCGUGGAUCUUUUGAGUGCACAAAACCGACUUCAUUUACGCAGCCGGUUCAAUUCGAGGGAGAGGGACAUGCUUAUAAUGAUUCGUGCUGUUGGCUUUUUCCUUAAUCCUGUUUAUCGAUUUUGGCUCGAUCCUGCUGUAGUUAGGGAUAUCAUGCAUGAGAAUAUACCCGAAUCUCGCAGCAAAACCGUCCAGUCGCUCAUGGCAGCUGGUGUCCGUGAAAUGGUUCGUCCUGCUCGAUUGGCCUAUCUGCAACGAAUAGUGCGCAACUUGUCAACCUUUCAGGAAAUGCGUGACCUUCGUUUCCUGUUGGCAUCUUCUCCAUUAUCAACACCUGACGCAAAAGCGACGUUCUUCAGAAAUGCUUUUGAUGUUGCAAAUCGUUUACUUUUUAUGGAGAGUCAAAUACUUCCCGUACCGGCAACGCCGAACAAGCAGUUUGAGGAAUUUUUGAAAUCUAGUCGUUUAACUAUAUCUCCUGAGCAAGCUGUUGCUGCUCCUUUGCCUUUACGCUCACAACCACCCGCAUCAUUGGAACAUAUACACCAUUGCGUUGCUAUAAAUAUACUUCUUUCAAUUCUUAUCCACUCAACAGAUGGAGCAUUUUCUGAGUCAAUUCUCGAUCAGAUCUCAGCUGCUGUGAUUUCUAAUGCUUUGCAAGUAUUACGAGCCGAUGGAUUGGUGUCCCGAUCUCGAACUCUUGAUCCUCAGUUAAUGGUAAUAACAAAAAAUCAAGCAAUACUUUCUUAUUACUUCCGACAUUUCUUUGCUCAUCGAUUUCAUCCAGACAUAGUAGAACAGUCAUUAGCCGUUUUCAAUACCAUAGAUGAUUCCAUUAACGAGACAGAAGAGUUAGAAGGAGAUCUCGCUGGUGCUCUCGUUGUUGCGUCGUCGUCUUUCUAUAAUGACAGUAGCCUUGACGUUUGUGUUGAUGACGAAGUAUUCACAAUGUUUGAAAGUGCAGCACUCGAACAAUCGACGCAAUCGAUCAAACAAAUUCGGUACCUCGAGAGCGCUGAUUUACAUCUGGAGAAAAUCCACGUCUAUCAAACCAGUGCUUCAGAGCAUCCAGAACUGCCUACCUGGCAAUCGUUAACGAACAGUAUCGACUGGUCACAGCCGGCGAGCAGGCAUCCGCCUCCACCAUUUGAAGAGUUUUUGUUGGACAUUCCAGUUUCACAACGAAAGAACUUGAGAUCCGUUUACAAGCCGAUCAAAGAAGCAGGGGCUAAGGGUAUCAAGUUUUCCGAUAUACAGAUCGUUCCUGUUGGCGUAGAGGUGAAACGAUGGGUGGCAGCAGAGUUCGCGUCGGCAUGGUGUGUAAAUGUAGGCGGCAGGCUUGUCUCACCUCGUCCUUGGACAAUGCCUUCAGUCUGUGAAAGACUUGGAGGCCUGCUCAAAGGUCUCUGUUUAGGUGAGAUUUGCGCGUCGACUGUUCGAUGGAUGGCUGAGAGUGUCUUAAUGACUGCCGUAUCCUCGCCUGGCAUUACGAUGAAAGAUAUCUGCUUCCGGCUAGAGUUUGCUUUGCAGGGUGCUGCGGUUCAAGAUUUGAUUACCGUUCUGGAAUCUGCGGGCUGUGUGAAAGUAAUUGAUGAAGUUUUCGAGAAUAUGAACCUGGUGUCUCCGUUCCAAGAAGGUCAAAAGGACAUCUGCGUUUCCUACGUUCUUCCUGCGGUGGACAGUAUAGAGAGAUUCUCUAAAAUUUUUGGAGACGUGCCUCUAUUGCCUGCUAUGGUCGGUCGAACUGAGACAGAAAAAGAAGAGGCAAGAACAACCGAUAACACUGAUGCUGGUCCAGAAAUGAAAGUGACGCGUAUGUCGUUUUUGAGUGGGUUUUUUAUUGGCGGAGUGUCGACGUAUCUUCAGGCGAAAGAAACUUAUGAAAGAAGUAAUGUUGGCCGCAAAUAUUUGAGUCCUAGUGAUGCAAUUAAAAGACGAGUGGAUUACGCGAUUGCGCGAUUCGCUAAAAGUGGAUUCAGUAUGGGUUUCAAAUGUGCACUUAUCUCCGGAGGCAUUAUUCUUAACGACUCAUUUGACUGCGUACCGACAACGAUUUUCAUCGUGGUACUUCCCAGCCCUUUCAGGUGCGCUAGCGGUCGGCAUGCAUCAAGAGUCACCGUCACUAAUCGUGUCGGGGUCUCAGUAUUUAUUCGGCUCUCAAGCAUAAACAGAUACUGUAAAAGUUCAUUUAGACUAACAUUAUCAGCUGUUGCUCACUUAUACGCUCUUAGUAUCGAUAAAUCAGUCAAUGAGGCGUAUUGGACCUUUAAGAAAGAAUACGAUAAGGAACUACGCAAGGAACAAGAAUGGGAAGAGCGUGUAAGGAAUUUGAUGAAAGAAGAACGCAUUUGGUGGAAAGCAACUGCAGUGCAUAAGUUGAAAAAACUCGACGAGGAAAGCUUGGCUGCCCAGGACGCUUGA